AAAGAAUUUCCGUGAGGUUCUAUCAGCGCACUUUGGUGAUAUUUCUCGUCUACGUAUCUUUCUCUGUUCCCUGAAGCUCUUUAGUUUUCUUCUCCGUUUUCGUACUGUCGCCUCCCAUGUUUUGCUUACAUCAAGUAUGAAUUCGAACGUCUUAACCAAGGCCGUGGCGGCUCCCAGCUGGCUUCUCCCCAGCCGUGUAUGCCGGCGAUCCAAGCUGAGGGAUUCGAUUUGCAAUCGUGCAUCAAUACAUACCGGGUCCUUGGGUCCGAGGCAUUGUAGCCGCUCGCCAUCGCGGAUAACAAGCGCCGUCUCGUCUCCGAAGCGUACAUUCCAUGCAAGCCCAACCUCUCUAGCGCAGAAGGACCCGUACAAAGCCCUGGGUGUUGAUAAGUCGGCGUCACCCUCGGACAUCAAAAAGGCGUACUAUGGACUAGCGAAAAAAUACCACCCGGAUACGAACAAGGACCCCUCUUCCAAGGAAAAGUUCGCCGAAAUCCAAUCCGCAUAUGAGAUCCUCUCCGACCCGAAGAAGAAGGAACAGUAUGACCAGUUCGGUGCUGCCGGGUUUGAUCCCAAUGGUCAGCCACGCGCCGAUCCGUUCGGUGGAGCAGGACACCCGUUCUCCGGCUUCGGUGGGCAUGGUGGUUUCCAGGGCGGCUUCGGCGGCGGGUUCAACUUCGAGGACAUCUUCUCUGCAUUCGCGGGAGCUCAGGGAUCACCAUUCGGACGACGCGGGGCUCGGAACCCAUUCCAAGAAGAGGUCCUCGUCGGCGACAACAUCGAGGUGCAGGCGAGCAUAUCGUUCAUGGAAGCGGCCAAGGGUACGGCGAAGACCCUCACCAUCACGCCUCUGGUGGCAUGCGGUACCUGUUCCGGCAGCGGGCUCAAGCAGGGGACGAAGAGGACGGAGUGCAAGUCGUGUGACGGGACGGGAACGCGCGUGCACUUCAUGAACGGGGGCUUCCAGAUGGCAUCGACUUGCGGCACGUGCGGCGGGUCGGGAACUACUGUGCCGAGGGGCUCGGAGUGUAGGCCGUGCGGCGGGAACGGUGUGGUGAGGGAGCGCAAGACGAUCACGGUGGAUAUUCCGGCCGGUAUCGAGGACGGUAUGCGGUUGCGGGUGGACGGUGCGGGCGAUGCGCCGGUGACGGGCAAGACGGCCGACCCCAACGCGCGCGCACAUAAAGGCGACCUUUACGUCUUCAUCCGGGUGGCGCCCGACUCCAAGUUCAAGAGGGCGGGUUCCGAUAUCCUAUACACGGCGAACAUCCCCAUCACGACGGCCAUACUGGGCGGCGAGGCUGCCGUACCGACCUUGGAUGGACAGGUCAACGUCAAGAUCCCGACGGGCACCAACACGGGAGACCGGAUUACGCUCUCUGGCAUGGGGAUGAAGAAGCUGAGCGGCCGUCGGGGUUCGGGCGACUUGAAGGUCGAGUUCCGGGUGAACAUGCCGAAAUACCUGAGCGCGAACCAACGCACCCUCGUUGAGAUGCUUGCGAACGAGAUGGGAGACAAGACGGCCAAGAGGAUCAUGAACGUCUCCAAGGGAGGGUAAGGAAGUUCUAGUGUACCCAGGAGCAUUCCGGUUGAAGGAUCGCAACGAGGUCUGACUGACUUCUUCUCGUUGCAGGUCCGACAAGCCGGCCGACGGUCCCGACUCUCAUAAGAACGAGGGGUUCCUCAAGUCGAUUUGGCACAGCCUGACGAACCAUCCGGCCCAUGAGAAACCCACCGAGAGCGACGACUCGAGCAAGACGAGCAGCGGCGACAGAGCAUCAUCGGAUAAAUCGACGACGGACAAGAAGGAAGAAGAUGGCUCGAG